AUGUGCAAAGUACCGAAAGGAGAGGGCUACAGUAAAAUAGAAGAAAACUACAGGGACUUGUUUCUCCCAACAGUUUUCCAAUUAAAUCAACGUAUUAAAGGACCGUUAACAGAGUCCUUAAGCUAUGGAUGUUAUCCGGGAAGGGUCUUAAUUGACGACAAUUGUGAACUUCUCCUUCCUGUUGCAGAGAACCUUAAAUAUGUAUUGACCUUUUUGGUUGAUGCCAAAGUGAUCUCAGAAGAUCACCCGGCUACAUGGAGAUUGGCUUUACGGGACGCGGCAAAAUCACAAAUGCAAGCUUAUUUCGGAAAAGACAUCAUUUCAUUUUUCUUCCUUCCAAUUGAUUUGUUAGAAGACCAAAGCACGUAUUUUUCAUGUUACUUGCAUAUGGAAGUAAUCUAUGUUCAUGCAUAUGUUCGCAAUGUAGUUGAGAACAAUUUUACAAAAAUUUCAGAGUCUCUACACUUUUCUGGUAUUAUUUUUAAUCAUACUAGUUAUGAGAUAAAAGGGAUCAAAUUGGUAACAACUAAACAUGCUAUAGAAAGGGCCUUAAAUGUAAAAGAAAAUUUGUUUUUGGAUGAACACAAUCGGUUUUUGGAACACGCACGAAUAAAUUAUGAAAGUACAAUUGCAGCAAUAAACACGAUUCACGUCUCCAGCCUUCUCUUUUGUCGUCACCAAAUACUAUCUGAUAAUUUUGGCAAAUAUUUUGUUUUCAACACAUUUCAGAUUACUCAUAUUUCAUCAGAAUUAUCAUAUGGUAUUGGCGAGUUCGUUUUGCAUUUCAAUGGUAGGGUAGGGGUUUGUGAAGGUAAACCUUUUUUAAACCUUUUAAGUCAACACCUUAAACUGAUGACUAUAGUGUUUAAUUAUUGUAGUAUGUUUUUUCUAUUCUUUCUUUUCUUGACCUACAUGGUAUUUCGAACAUUGCAAACCUUACCUGGUCUUAUUCUGAUGAAUGUCGUGAUAUCUUUGUUUUUUACACAACUUGUCUUUACCAUUUCAAAUCUUCUGGAAGUUCGAACAUCAGCUUGCAUAAUCUUCGGAGUUCUUCUUCAUUACUUUUGGCUAACCCUUUCUUGCAGUCAGUUCACCUGCUGUUUACAUAUGUGUCGAGUUUUUGGGCUAUUCAGUACAUCGCAACUAGGAUUUUCCAUGAAAACAUUCUAUAAUUAUGUUGUUUUUACUCAUUCAGUCCCAGUGUUACUUGUAGGAUUGUCGAUUGUGACAAACAUUUACAGAAACAACAAUAUUGGUUACGGAAUGACCGUUUGUUUCGUGGAAGAUACUUAUUCAAAUCUGCUAACAUUUAUAAUUCCUGUUGCGACUUCUUGCCUGGUAAACAUCGUUCUAUAUGUUUCUACUGUUUGUACAAUUAUUUGUCGAAAACAUAUUCAAAAGUCUAAAGAGGACACAUCCUAUAUCAUAAUUUCUCUGAAGCUGUUCUCAGUUACAGGAGGUGUUUUUGUUUUCACAAUUAUUGACGCCUUCCUACAUCUAUCGGUUUUUUCCUUCAUUACAUCCAUGAUAACUUCCUUGCAAGGAGUCUUUAUUUUCAUUAGUUUCUUCACAUCCCAUCAUGUUCUCUCUUUAUUUAAAAAACAAUGGAAAAGAAAUAAUACGAAUUCUUCUUUGAAGCCAAAUAGCUCUACUGCGAACUAA